AUGGCACCAACACGACACGAGCGGAAGCUGUCGCUCGAGGAGGUCGAGGACAUGGAGCCAAGCCCCGAAACGUAUGCGGCCAUCAUGGCCACAAACAAGCCCAACCCGCGCGGGCCGGGUUAUCUGAAGCUAUACAUGCUCGCCUCCGUCAUCUUCCUUUGCUCGACCAUGAACGGAUUUGACAGCGCCCUGAUGGGUUCAAUUAAUGCCCUGCCCAACUACACCAGCUACUUCGGACUGCCGGAGACCGGGAACGCCAGUACGGGGCUUGUCUUUUCCAUUUUCCAGAUUGGCCAGAUGUGCGGUGCUCUGUUCAUCUGGAUGUCUGACUGGUACGGACGCACGUGGCACAUCUUCUUCGGGUGUUUGGGCGUGUGCAUCGGGACAAUCGUUACGUCGCUUUCGACAAGUCUCCCCAUGCUCAUUGGAGGCCGCUUCAUCCUGUCUUUUGCCGCGACAUGCGCCCAUACCGCCGCGCCGCUGUAUUUGGUCGAGAUUGCGCCAGCUGCCUACCGCGGCACGGUAGCUGGCUUAUACAAUACAUUCUACUAUGUGGGGUCAAUUCUGGCGACGGCCAGUGUCUACGCCUGCCACAAGCACCUGAGCGGCCAUGGAAACCUGGACUGGAAGAUCCCACUGUGGCUUCAAAUGGUCUGCCCCGGGAUCGUGUGUCUGGUGAUCAAGACGUUCCCUGAGUCUCCGCGCUGGCUCGUGGCUAAGGAUCGACAUGAAGAGGCCAAAGCGAUUCUGUCCAAGUACCACGCUAAUGGCGACCAAGAUCAUCCUUUAGUCAAGCUCCAAAUGUCGGAAAUGAUUGCUUCCAUGGAUAGCAAGGCUCUUACCUGGAAAGAUCUGUUUGAUCUGCGCGUCCUCUUCGAGUCGAGGUCAAGCCGGUACCGUAUCAUGCUCAACAUCACUUUUAGCUGGUUCGGGCAAUUCAGUGGAAACAACAUCAUAUCAUAUUACCUCCCCAUCAUGCUCAAGGGCAUCGGCAUAACCAGCACAGACACAGCCCUGGUCCUCAACAUCGUGUACUCCGUUGUCGGAUGGGUGUUCGCAUCGGCCGGUUCCCGAUUCCACGACGUCGUUGGCCGUCGCAAGAUGCUCAUUGGGAGCACUUGCGGCAUGACCGUGUGCUUGGCCAUUGUGGCAGGCUGCGCCGCCGGGUACACCGACUACAAGAACGAAACCGCCUCGACAGUGUCCAUCGUCUUCAUCUUCCUCUUUGGCGCCAUCUUUUCCGCCGGCUUCACGCCCAUGCAGCCAAUCUACCCCGCUGAAGUUGUCAGCAACAAGAUGCGGGCCAAGUCCAUGGGCGUGUUCAAGCUGACUGCCGGCGCUGCGGGCUUCCUCAAUACCUUCGUGGGGCCAAUAGCAUUGUCGAACAUUGGCUACUGGUUCUACGUCUUCUUUGUUGGUUGGGACUCAUUGGAGGUGAUCUUUAUGUACCUUUUCUUCGUGGAGACAAAGGGCAUGACUCUGGAGGAGCUGGACGUAAUUUUCGAGGCGAAGAACCCUCGCAAAGAGAGCUUGAGGGUGAAGAAGAUACUGGCAGACGUAGAGGUCGAGAAAAGCGCGACUGGGGCGGCAUAG